CCUCGCCUGAUCGGGAUUGGGAUUCGAGUGAAUCCGGUCUUGGUUCUACAGAUUGGGGCUUGAUCUCUAUCUGAAAAAUACGGACGCAAUGCUAGAAACUUAUGAAAAACUGCUAAAGCAAGUCGAUAACAGAGCUAGGUUCCUUGCUGGUGUUCUCAGUGGUGACAUCCAAUGCAUCAACAGGAAGAAAAACGAGCUACGGCAAGAGUUCAUUGAAAAGGGAUUUGAUCCCCUCCCGAAGGAGGGGCAACCCGUUGUCAUACGACCAACAGGAGUCAAGGAAGAUGCCAGUGAUUAUGACUAUCUCACCAAAAUGUCAGUUUCUAGCUUAACCGAGGAGUACCUGGAGCAUCUUCUGGUACUAAAGAAGAGACUUGAAAUAAAAGUUGGACUCCUACGGAAAGCUGCAGCAGAAUAUCUGAAAUCUGAAAAGGAACCAAGGUUGCUUGACACAAAUUACACAAAAGCUCCAUCAGAUAGAGAUAACAUGGCUGCCAAGGACAGUCAGGUAUUUGAAGCAGCUCCUAGGAGGCAGUAUAAAAGAACUGCUUCCCAUUCUCUUGAGGAAAGUGCAAUGCUGAUGGAUGGUGAUGAGAAUGAGGCUCUCGAGCUUAAAGAUCAGUCCCAAGAACAUACAGGUAAGCACAAGUAUAAUGCUGCCAUUGUCAAAGUACAAAUCUUUAAUGGGAAAAUUACUUGUGCAUACAUAGAAACUGAAUGGUCACAAAAGCAAGAAAGAAAGAAACAGAGGAAAGGACCAAAGAAGCAGAGAAAGGAAUCAAGUGAAACAGGCACACCAAUACAUUGCUGCCCUGCACUGGAUUUUCGGGGCCACGACAAAUCAGGGGACGGCUUCCUCGUGGAAGAAAUUAAGAGAAUAUCAAGUGGUUUAGAUGGGAUUGAGAUUACCCACUGUAGAUCAAAGUAUGGUAGCUCACGAGUUGGCUAAAUUAAGCUUCCGCGGUGCAUCUGUGUCUCUUUGCCAUGAGGGCCUACUGUAGUUUCCCUUGUCGCUUGCUGAU